UAUACUUUAAUAACAGGAAAUAGCUUGAAAUAUUGUAUUUUAGAGGGAAUAAUAAUAUUAAAUAGGCGGGAAAUCUAGACAAAUCCUUCUAGAUAUACGUCUGAAAAUAAUGCCAGUGUUCUAAAAAAAUACCAAAAUAAUAGGAGUGGGUCAUUAACAUGGAUACUCCGCCUCAGGAGUCACGUCGACGUUCAGUCUUGUCUGAAAUAUCAAUACAAUCGGAUGGAAUUAUUGCACAAGAUGGUAUUCGAACACCUGUUGCAAAUUUACCACAGGUAACUCCAACGACUUCACCUGAUGAGCUUAUAAUUCAAACAAGAGGACCACGAAAAAUUCCAGUUACUUGGUCACCUGUUGAUUUAGCUAAAAUUACGCCACCAUCAACACAAGAUCAAGAGACAACUCCACGCAAAUCACCGCCGAAAGAUUUACGCCGAUCUGUACGAAAAUUACGAUUAUUUUUAACCCCAGAAAAAAAUCCAUCACGUAAUUUAUUUGCUGAAUUCAGUAAUAAAAAGCUGAAAUUGAAUACGCCAUCAUAUUAAUUUUUAUAUUUUUCUAAUGUUUUUUAAUUGAUAAGAUUCUUCAUAUUUUGAUAUUAAAUUUUUCUU